UGGCAAACAGGGAGCUUUACCCAAGGCCACCUUGUCCCCAUUGGCUGGGUUGGGAGCUGCGCAGCGGGAGGCAGAGGACGGGGCUCUCUGGCGCGGGCUCGCCCCUCCAGCUGGCCCAGGUUUCCGACGCGGGGAGGCUGACCACUCAGGUAAAGAAGAAAUUCAGGAACUGGCUCCGGGUGGCCGGCACUCCUGGAGGCCUCUGAACCUUCUUCUGUUGCUGUACCUGUGGCUGGACCAUUUCCCAGAAACGGUGUGGGGACAUUUCUGAGGACGUCCUCUCUGGCCGCAGUGGGGACAGUCAACGACCCCGCGCUCCUUGCCCACGCCGCUCCCUGGAUCCGCACGCCGGGCCCUUCGGAUCAGACCGGGGCCAUCUGCCCCGCUUUCCCGGGAGGGGUCUGCGCCCGGAGAGGCGGAGGCCGGGCCCCGCGUCAGUCACCCUCCCGGGUGGGCCCCGCCGGGAGGCCGAGGGUCACCGCGAGGGCGAGAGGGGACCCCGCGGGGUCGGGCGCUGCUGGGAGCGCGCCCCUCCCCCCACCCCAGGCUCCGAUCCCGCCCGCCGCUGCCCUCCCCGUCCCCGCGCGCCCCCUCCUUCCCGCCCGCCCCAGCCCUGCCCCGCCGCCGCCGCCGAGCGAUAGCUAAUUGGGCAGAGAAAGGGCCCGAUUGUGUGCGCGCCGGAAGCGCGGGCGUGGGCGGCUGAAAGCGCCGGAGAAGGUGGCCGGCCUCGCCCCGCAGCUGCCGCCGGAGCCGCCGGGGGUGACGUCAGCGCUGGCGAGCGGGGCGCCCGCGGAGAGGGGGGCGCGCGCGGCCUCCCGGCCCGGCCGCUCCACAAUGCGCCCAUUGUCGGCCCCGGGGCCGCGCGCCGCGUGAAUGGCGCCCGGGCCUCUUGACCGCGGAGGCCGCGAGCCUCGCCAUCCGGCCUCGCACCCGCCAGGGAGGCCCGGGGUUGGGGCGAGGCCGCCCCGGCCCGCCCCCGGCGGGAGCAGGCUGCACCCCUCGCGCGGCCCGGGCCCGGGAUUCGCCCCUCCCCGACCUACCCGGUGCUCCCCCACCCCCCCCCCCCGCCCCCGGCCCCUCCGCACCCCGGGGCUGGGCCCGGCGCCGGAGCGCGCGGCCUCGGCAUGGCCUUGUGGCUCGGGGGAAGCCUGGGCUCCGACCCGCUGAUGGUCCUGCUGGUCCUCGUCCUGCUGGCGCGCUUCCUUCUCUGGUCCUGCCUCGGCACCUACAUCGACUAUAAGCUGGCCCGGCGGCAGCGGCUCAAGCCCAAGGAGGACUAGGGCCCCGGCAGGACGCCGGCUCUCAGGGCCAUGCAUGUGCGUGUCUCCCCUCCCGGAGGACCGUGUCCCAGAGGCGCCCUGUCCUGAGGCUGAGGGUGUGUGUGUGUGGGGGGGCGAGCAGGGCAGGCAGACCCUCCCGCAUCCCACCCACAAGGCAGAGACCGACGGUGUCCCACCGGACUGACUGGGCUGUCCUGGUCACUGCCCACCUCCCAUGCCGGGACAGAGGGGCCAGCGCGGCUGGUCUGUCCAAGGUUCUGGGGCCUGCCAUUGGGGGUGAUCGUGAGGGUGGGUCUUGCUUUAAAACGUGCUCUGCCUCCAAUUCUUUAUCUGUAUGUUUGAUGGACAAGGUGGGGAUGAGCCAGAGGGUUGGGGGUUGGGAGGGAGGACAGAGGUGGCCUCAUCACAAGCCAGCUCUGCUGCUGGAAGGUGCCCUGUGUCUCAGCUUCCGUUUCCACCCUCCAGCCCCACCCCCCUCCCCCACCCCGAUGGGAUCACAGAAGUUCAGACAACUGGCCUUGGCCUUCGCUUUCCCUUCCACAGACGCCCGGAGCGUCUCAGCACAGACUUGUGACACCUGAGCUCAAGCCCAGCUCUGGCUGACUGUGGGUCGACUCUCUUUCUCCAUCUCUAAAAUGGGCACAGUAAUCCCUGCCUCUCUCAGAAGGGUAUGAGGAGGGUUGGAGAAGGGGUGGGGUGGGGGGCAAGCCCCCAUAUUCUGCACGCAGUGGGACAUGUGGAGGACAGUGGAGGAGAGAAGCCAGGAGCCCAGGGCCGUCUCUUCCUUUGUGCUUUUAAGUGUGCGGCUGAGCGGCCGCUCCGAAGGUGGACAGGCGGGGCAUUUGAUGCGCGCCAAGAGUCUGGCUCCUCUCUGCCGCCCAUCUCCCGGUCAUGGUCAUACCCCGCCUAAGGAGGGUGGCAGCUCGUGCUUCUCAUUCUGGUGGCAGAUUGUAAUCGUCCUGCAGAUUCUAGCCAACACGAUGGCCAAGCCACCCCAAGACCAAGAAGCACAGGCAGGGAUAAGAUGUCCCGGGAGGCUGGGGCCCGGUUGCUCUGUGCUUUCCUACAAGGACUGGGCACUUCGGUCAGAGCCGAGUCUUAAGGAGAAGUUGUCGCUGAGCUGAGCGAGCAGACUCGGGGAGCCCUGGCCAGGAACCGCCCACCUAGCCUCGCGGCAUCCUGGCAGACGGAUGAGGGGCCUGAGCCAGGGAUGCGGUGGGAGCCGAUGAGCUCACCAACACGGUGAAGAGCUUGUCUCACUUCUGAAGGACCUGAGCUAACCGCAGGGAUGGGGGAGCCAGUCGGCUGAAGCGGUGACCUUCUGGGGGGGGGGGACCGACCGGCCUCAGAGACUUUGGGUGGUGGGGUGUCUUGGAGGACAGUCUGUAGAUGAGGGUGUUUUCUUAUGGAGGACAGUCUGGGAUGCCUGCACAGGGUGGGGUUACCAUGCAUGGAGUCAUCCAGGGCUGGGGGUUGGGGGGGAGGUGGCUGUCCCCUGGGCCGCUGUAUUGGCCAGUGGCCUAGCAGAACUCGUGUCUUCACUAUGUCAAGAACCUGAAUGCAGGAUUAGGGGAGGAAGUGUUCUCCUGUUCUUAAGGAAAAUGUUCAGUUCUCUUUAAAAUGAUCGUGCACGAUUUCACCGAUCUCUCAAAGAAAAAUCACAGCUGUCGCCACGGUCCUACCAAGGAGGGUAGCCCACUGUCCUGAUUGGCCUAGGACAGCCCCAGUUUUAAAACUGGAAGUUCCAUGUCCUGGAAGACGUCUCUGUCUUGGGCAGAGCGGGCCCCGCCCCUGCUCAGGUGGAGAACUCAGUUCACACAACCUUCUACCGUGUCUCUAGUGGCUGACCUGCCCAUCAGCCACCUGCCGCCUGUGUGUGCACGUGGGUGCAUGGAACGGCACCUCCAGGCGUAUUUGAGCUUCACCAUUUGGUCCAGUGGGCCAGAAUUCUGGGGAUCUCGUUGCAACCCCUUCCUUUGGGGUUGUCUGGUAGAGAAGACAGAAGCAGGAGACUGCUGCCAACACAGGAUCCCAGAAGAAGACCAGAUUCUGCCAGUGUUGAGUCCCUUUCCACUUAAACUAGUCAAUAUAUUUCUCCCCCCCCCCCCUUAAGCCAGUUUACAUUGGUUUCUUAGUUCACAACUGACAAAAUUCUAUUUGUGCAGUUCUCUGCACCCAUGCACCAGCCUUCCAUCUGGUGUAGGACUGGUUCAGAAUGAGCAACCACUCAAGCAGGGCAUCCGCAUGAACGAGAGGCUGGGCCCUGGCCUGAUAACCAGGCAGCCACUGCGAGUAACAGCCGGGUCAGUAGUGACUUCGAUAAGAGAAGCUUUUCCCCCCUUCAUUUUUCUUUUCUCAUGUUGCAAGAAGUCUGGCUUUUGUCAUUCCCAGGCCAUGGUAUGGCAGUUCAAUGCUAUUACUGAGGACUUAAACCAUCCCAUAUUUCUGUUCUGCCGUCCUUCACACACAGCUUUGGUCUUCAUGGUCACAAGAAGGCUGCUGCUACUCCAGGCAUUCUGAAUGAGUCCCAGGCAGGAAGAGAAAAAUAGGGUGAUGGAGGGGGAAGAGGCACUCCCCUGAUAUGUAAAACGCUUAUUUGUACAUCUUAUCAACCAGAAGCAUGUCACAUGGCAUCCUGAGAUGCAGAGGAAGUUGAGAAAUGGAGUUUGUUAGUGGGGCUCGCUGUUACCCUAGAUAGCGUCAGGUUUCGGUUAUAAAGGAAGGCUAAAUGGAUAUGAGGUAGGCAACUGGCAAUCUCUGUCACUGGUCCUUUGCCUUUAUUUGUAGUUGUCUUUAUUUGGGACCUAUUUUGGGUAUUUGGGUGACUUUUGUGGUACCCUUAUGUGCCAGCUUUGCCCUUGUCUGCUCUGCAGGGAUAGUAGCUGAGCUCACCCGUCUUUUGCAGUUCCAACAUGGAGUCACACUGGCUUCUUGGGGCUCCUAAGGAUUCAUACUAGUAAGAAAGUCUGAGGCUGAGCCAGACACCUUCCUUCUGAGAGAAGCAUGGCGAUGCUCCUUGGUCCGCAGUGAGCGGAAGGCACAGACCUGGGGAACAGCUGAUGCAUAAGUGAAUGGUGGUGAUGGCUAGCGGGUAUAUAAAUGGAGGGGGAGAUGUAGUUCUCUACUUGGUAAACACACAGAGUGGAGUGCUCACAGUGUGAGAGGCAGCAUGGAUACAGUGUAUAAAACAGUGUCUGCCCUCAGGCAGCUUGCAGACUGGGAGCUCAGAAGUGGGCAGAGAGACCUGUAAGUAGAUAUUAGAUCGGCACUUAGGCAGAUGGUUAGUUAGGGCUAAAAAUGUGGCAGGUGCAAAUUAAGAUAUACCAUCAGUGUAAAAUAUACACCAGAUUUGGCAGGCUUGGUACCAAAAAAUAUUGUAUCAUCUCAUUAGUAACAUUGUUUUGAUCAUUGUUUUGAUUAUGCAUUGAAACGAUAAUAUUUUGGACACUAUUGGGUUAAAUAAAAUACUAAAAUUAAUUUCA